AUGCCGCCUCACAUGCACCCGCGCUCGCGCAUGACCGCCUCGCUCUUCACCACCACCCUCAUGGUCUCGUUCCUCGUCGUCGCCGCCCCGCAUCUCAUACCCUGCCCCGUCGACCCACGCACACUCAACGACUCGGCCGAUCCCACCCGCAAGCGGAGAAGACGGCGCAUCCCUGAGCCUGAGGGCGACGAAGCCACCGACGCGCUGAGCAACGAGGCCACGAGGAAGAGGAUCGAAGACAAGUUCAGCCCCAAAAGGGAGUGUCCCAUCCCCAGGCCGGGCGGCCUGGUUGGACAGGUGCUGGGCAUGACGACAAGGGAGGACGUGCCAACGCCAGAGCCCAUCUCCAUCUCGAAGCACGUCCAGCAGACACUACGCAGCACGCGGGAGAGUGACGAUCCAUGA